CCCUCUCUCUUGGCGCUUGGAAAGACUGCGGGGUCGGCUGGUGGUGCCACUCCAGGCUCCCUCGGCCAGCACAGCCUUGUGGGUGGGGGGAGCACGAGAGAGGCAGGUGGAGUUUGCACGCAUCAUAUGACCAGUGGAAAGUUGCACUUCCUGAAACUCUGCUCUGCAAGUGUGAGGCUGGCUGCUAGGAGUAGCCUUUGCUCUGCCUAGCGUGGCUGUGCCAGCCUUUUCCAUGGGGGGCUCCUUAAACGAUGGGACUCGGUUAUGUUUCUUAACUACCUGGCUACUGGCCGUGGGGGCUGUGGUCCAGGCAGCAGGUAUUAAGGAAGGGGAGAAGGGAGGAAGGAAGCACAAGCAUACUACUAAGUCUUGACCGAUGAAGCCGAGAGAUCCCUGAGUGCCUCCGGGGCAUGACUCCCAUGAAAAAGACACAAGUGUUGAUUGGCCAGUCAGGAGCCUCCUUCACCAAUGCUUUUGCAGUAACUCCAUUGUGCUGUCCCAGCCGCAGCAGCAUCCUGACUGGUUGUUAUCCUCACAAUCACCUGGUGAGAAACAACUCCUUGGAUGGCAACUGUAGCAGUCAGUCCUGGCAGAGGUUGCAGGAGCCAUUUACCUUUCCAGUGUAUCUGCAAAAGCAAGGCUACCAAACUUUCUAUGCUGGCAAAUAUCUCAAUCAGUAUGGUGACCCCAACGUUGGAGGUGUUCAGCAUAUCCCAGUGGGCUGGACCUACUGGCUAGGUCUGCUGGGGAAUUCCAAGUAUUACAACUACACUCUUUCAGUGAAUGGCCAUGAAGAGAAGCAUGGAGAUCAUUAUGAAGAAGACUACCUCACUGACCUCCUUGCAAACCGGAGUCUGGAAUUCCUGCAAAAACUCUCUCGGUCUCCCUUUCUCAUGGUGCUAGCCCCGCCUGCCUCACAUUCCCCCUGGACUGCAGCCCCCCACUACAAGUCAGCCUUCAGCACCACCCAAGCACCACGUACUGGAAGUUUUAAUGUUCAUGGGAAGGACAAGCAUUGGCUGGUGAGGCAAGCGAAGACUCCUAUGUCAAACACAUCUAUCAAGUUCCUGGAUAAUGUCUACAGACAGCGGUGGCAGACCCUGUUAUCUGUAGAUGAUAUGGUGGUAAAGGUGCUGGCCCAGUUGGAGUCUCUUGGUUUGAUGAGUAACACAUAUGUGUUCUAUACCUCCGAUCAUGGUUACCAUGUUGGUCAGUUUUCACUGCCCAUCGACAAACGGCAGCUUUAUGAGUUCGACAUCCGAGUCCCGUUGCUUGUGCGAGGCCCAGGCAUCAAACCGAAUCAGACCCGUCCGGAGCCCAUCCUCAAUAUUGACCUGGGUCCUACAUUCCUGGACAUUGCAGGAAUCAAUGUAUCUCAGACUCGCAUGGAUGGACAGUCCUUCCUGCCCCUGCUGGUGAACAAGACCCACAAUUAUAGCUGGCGUUCUGAUUUCCUGGUGGAGUACACUGGAGAGGGCAGUGGUGGCAGAGACCCCAAGUGUCCUAGCUUAGGACCAGGGGUAUCGCAUUGCUUUCCUGACUGUGUCUGUGAGGAUGCCUUCAAUAACACUUAUGCCUGUGUACGUACACUGAGCCACAUCAACUUGCAGUACUGUGAGUUUGCAGAUACCCAGAAUUUUGUCGAAGUUUAUAAUCUGACUUCAGACCCACAUCAACUCCUCAAUAUAGCCAAGACUGUGGACCCAUCCCUGUUGGAGCAGAUGAACCAGAGGCUAAUUAAGUUCCAGGCUUGCUCGAGGGAUAGCUGCCGCUCCUAGUGCACCUUGAUGAUGAUCUCACUCAAUGACUGUGCCAAGAAACCCAGAAAGUUUUCAUGUUCUCUAGAUUCUCUUAAAUGACCUUUAUGCUGGUUUUAUGUACUGGAUUUCUUGAGUAGUAAGCCCAGGUCAGCAAACAGUUUUGUUGAUGGGGCCUGGUGUGAAGAGGAUAGGGUGGUGAGCUGGAUGAAGUUCUGUGCCUCUUUUCCCCGCAGUGGACCUGAUGUCACUUCCUGUUGCCACAUGUUCUGCCAAUCAUCCACAAACUUCUUUAUUGUGUCGGGGAUCAGGAGGUCAAAUGUUGUCCAGUCAGCAGGCUAGAUAUGGUUCAAUGGGCACCCCAUGCUGCUUUGUACACAAAAGAGAAAUUCAUAGCCAGAUAACUGAAGGAUUUUCUACCCUUCUUGCCACAGGGUCGGGAUAGUUUUAUUUUCUCAUUUAACCAAUACAUUCAAUUCCUGAUAGCUACUGGAUUAUCACUGUCAUCACCAUAUUCUCUUCUCCUUUCCUAAGCAACCAAUGUCCUUUCUUGGUUUUUUUGUUCCUGUCCCUCCCCUGCCCUUAGAAGUUUUGAUUCAAAUGCUGUGUAGCCUAUGCUGAUUCUGGAAGAUGUUGUUUGAUCCCAUCCAUGACUGUCUGUGUUAGUGCUGUGAAAGGAAAUUGAAUAAAGGACUUUUUAUUAGGAAUGAA